AUGACCGACGAUCUCGGUAUGGCAAGUGAGGAUGAUGACUUUUACGUUACCGAAUGGGAGAAAAACUACGCCGCGUUGAACAGCGUCCACCCCGACGCUCUCACAUCAACCAUUGUCCUGGAAUUUGUCCCUUGCGCCCGCCCGAAACAGCGUUUCAAUUGGAAACUAUGGGGAGCAUUGUCCGUUUUACUGCUUGCAAUUUUAUUAUUGCCCAGAUCAGAAUCGCAUUUAUCUAAAUUAAAAUGGCUGUUGACACCCUCGAAACCGUCUCAAAGCCCACCUCACACACCUCACACACAUUCUCCAGUCAAAGAUCCUCGUCUUUCUGAACGAAUAUCAAAUGACCCAGCUCCUGUUGUGCCAACCCUGGAAGAAUAUGUUGAUCAAGUUAUUGAUGUGAUUGACUCCCUUGAAUCGGCCCAGGAUAAGUUGGAAGAUAUGGCUUCACAGCUCAGGCCACGUUCGAGUGAGUUGUACAAUUUUGCCGAUCCCUCCGUUGGGGGGUCGAUCAUGUGGUUCCUCACAGAUUGGAAUAUGUACGAACGACUGCUAUGGCAUAGAGCACGCGAUCAGCUUCGAGCAUAUCAUUGGAAUGAUCCAAAAAACACUCUUUUGGCCAAUGACAAACUCUGGCAAUGUGACUCAGAGUAUUGUGCUUUAGCAAUUCUGACAUUACCGAUGGAGCCUAAAAAAAUAAUCAUCGAGCUCGAUCCCCAAGCCUCCCCGUUAACCGAUAUUGCCGUUUGUGCGCUACCUCAAAACUACCGAGAGCGUCCUUAUUCCCAAAACAAAGAACUCCAAUGCUCGCUGCCUUUGUUGGCACCAAAAUCGGAUACCACAACACUUGUAGGGUGGCUGAAGAUGUUGCAGCGCAAACUCCAACCAACCUCUACAAAAAUCGAACUAGCCGUUCCUCAAUCAUUUCAGAGACUUGGAGAAUCCUACGAUGGUUUCUACCUCGAAUUGAAAUCUCGUACUCGCAUUCUGGUGUUGCGAGUUAGUUUGAUGGGUACCUUACCUGAUGAAAUGGCCCUCACAGAUUGA